UCAACAAUAAGCACUCUGUCACACACAUACUCUUCAAACAAGGAAAGUCGAUGAUGCUUUCUAUCAGUAGUGUUGGUGAGCAGCAUAAGAAUGCAAAGUUCUUUUUCAUAUUGUGUACUGAUCCUCGGGAUCACGCUUUUUCUCAGAGUUAUAAAAGAACAAGGAUUUUUCAGGUUCCUUAAGAUUAGAUGCGAAUGCCUGUGCGGUAUAUGGUAAACAGAUGUGCACAUGCACCAUAAGCGAUCAUAUACGCGAUCACACUGUGGGCUGAGCUAUGAUGAGAUAAUCAACAAUUCGACAUCAACCUAAACGAAGUUGAGUUUGAGUUGUUAAGAAAACUAAGACGAUUAAAUUAGAUCCAAUUUCCGUUUUAGAACAAAACAAAUGUAUGAUUAUGAUAUUGAUAUUAUUCAACGAUAUGAUAUUUGUUCAAUGUAAUUGUUGUUGUAAUGUGGGUACUGAAUUUUGUUUUUAUUUUUCGUGAACGAAAAAUUUCAACUACCAAUUUUUCUCAGUGCAUAUGCAAUUAAGUUCAUGCAAUAAGUUCUGACAUCUGGCAUCUCUGCAUCUAAAUUUGAAACGAUUCAAAAUUAAUCAAAUGGUCAACAAAACAAGUCCUUGUUUGCGAAGAUUCUGCAAUUUCAGCUUUCCUUACGCUUUCUUAUUUUCACAAAAAUGUCCCCCUAUUUGUUAAUGCCAGAGUGUUGCCGAUGCUGUAUGGUGGAAGAAAGUGAAAUGUUUCAUGUGUUCGAUCUUUUGGACGAAUUCGAAAAGAAGAUUAGUAACUUGAUUGCCAGCUACGGGGAAGUUUUGAUUUUAGAACAUGAUGUUUUUUCGAAAAGCAUUUGCGGUAAAUGUUUAAAUGAUGUAGCCAAUGCAGCGCGUUUCCAUGAACGAUGCCUGAAGACGGAAAAUAUUUUACAGACCUCUAAAAUGGAUAUCAAAGAAAUCGUAAGUUUAGAGGAGCGAAACCAGUUGAAAUCAGAUAUAACGCAACAUUCUUCGGAUCUCAAGAGCAAGGAUUCUCUGGAAGAUGACUUUUCCGAUCAAGUUAAAAAUGAACCCGUUUGGGUUCCGGAUGCAACGACCACAACGAGUAGCAAGGAGCAUCUUUCACCAGAAAGAAUUGAACCAAUCGCAUCUAGUCAUGUGUCGGUCGGUGCCACGAUCGCUACUGGUAGUGUGACAAUGGAUGCGGCAUGUGACGACCGACCGCACAAAUGCGGGUUCUGUAGCAAAGGUUUUGUGGCAGCUAACGACCUUAAACGACAUACGCGUAUACAUACGGGAGACAAGCCGCAUAAAUGUCAAACCUGUGGCAAAGCUUUUAUCGCAAGCAGCCAGUUGACACGCCACGUGCGUAUUCACACAGGGGAACGGCCAAGCAAGUGCAGUCUCUGUGAUAAAGUAUUCAUCUGCGGCAGUGAUCUUACGAAGCACGAGAAACGAGUUCACACCAAUGUGAGACCACAUGUUUGUGACGUCUGCGGCAAAGGUUUCACUGAGAAAAGCCAUCUCGCAAAUCAUAUGCAUACCCACACCGGUGAUCGACCGUUCAAAUGUGACACCUGUGGAGAAGGAUUCACGGAAAACUGUAAGCUGACCAAGCACAAGCGCAUUCAUGCAAACGUGCGACAGUACAAGUGUGACACUUGUGGAAAAGAUUUCCUGGAGAAAGGUGAUCUGAAAAAGCACACUCGCAUUCAUACCGGCGAGCGACCCUAUAUCUGCGACAUUUGUGGCAAAGGUUUCUCGGAGAGCAGUCACCUGUUACGACACCGCCGUACACAUACGAAUGACCGGCCGCACAAGUGUGACUUGUGUAUAAAAACAUUCCUGGUUGGCAAAGGACUUGCCAAGCAUAAACUUGUGCAUCUAGAAAAACCUUUCAGUUGUCCUGUGUGUGCUAAGGCCUACAGCGAUAGCGAUCAACUAACGCGGCACUUGACCAUGCACAGUUUGGAGUGAUUUUGAAUAAGAUCUCUAUGUAUAUAUUUCUGUUAUUAGCCAAAAGAAAAAAAUACUAUUUUGGGCUUCAGAUGUUAAGAAGGCGCUAAAUUUACGGAUAAAAUGUCAUUUGAUUCGAAAAAAUUAAGACAAACAAAUAAAAUUCCUACCGAGAUCUUGUAGCUAAAGAGCAAGAA